CUCCCACUCCUGCAGUUUUUUUUCCUAACUCGAGAUCGGGAUCAGAGAUCAUCCUCCUCCUCGGAUCAGGAGGCGGAGGCCAAACCCCACGGUGAUCCCUCCCGCGGAUCGGGAGGCGGAAGCCGCAACGCCAAGUAUAUAGCUGCUAUCAUGGCAUCAAACACAGGAGCUUCAGGAUGGCUAAGGGGUAAGGUGAAGGCCGUGACUUCUGGGGACUGUCUUCUCAUCAUGGGGAGCACAAAGGCAGAGAUCCCGCCAGAGAAGUCCAUCACUCUGUCGUAUCUUAUGGCCCCAAGGCUGGCUCGUCGUAAUGGAGUGGAUGAACCAUUUGCUUGGGAAAGCAGAGAGUUUCUGAGGAAACACUGCAUAGGAAAGGAGGUCACAUUUAGAGUGGAUUACACAGCUCCCAACAUUGGACGAGAAUUCGGCACUGUUUACCUCGGUGACAAGAAUGUUGCCUACUUGGUAGUUGCUGCAGGAUGGGCAAGGGUAAAGGAGCAAGGCCCGAAGGGGGGUGAACAAAGCCCAUCGCUUGCUGAGCUGCAAAGGUUGGAGGACCUUGCUAAGGAACAGGGUUUAGGGCGUUGGAGCAAGGAACCUGGUGCUGCUGAAGAAUCUAUAAGAGAUCUUCCACCAUCAGCAAUUGGUGAGUCGAGUGGUUUUGAUGCGAAGGGUUUUGUGGUUGAGAAUAAAGGCAAGAGCUUGGAAGCAGUUGUCGAACAAGUUCGCGAUGGCAGUACCGUUCGUGUUUACCUGCUCCCAAGUUUCCAAUUUGUACAGAUCUAUGUUGCUGGAGUACAGGCUCCAUCCAUGGGGAGACGCCCACCGAAUCCAGCUGUUGUUGCGGAAGCAGAUGGCACUGCCGAAGACACUGCAAAUGGUGAAGAUUCUGUGGAAGCUCCUGCACCACUGACAACAGCACAGAGGCUUGCUGCAUCGGCAGUCUCUACUGAAAUUCCACCAGAUAGUUGGGGAAGACAGGCUAAACACUUCACAGAGACUCGAGUUUUGAACAGAGAUGUGAGGAUUGUGGUCGAGGGCACAGAUACUUAUAAUAAUAUAAUUGGUUCGGUGUAUUACCCUGACGGUGAUACCGCAAAGGACUUGUCCCUUGAGCUUGUCAAAAAUGGACUUGCGAAAUAUGUUGAGUGGAGUGCGAACAUGCUAGACAUUGAAGUCAAAAUAAAGCUGAAGAAUGCCGAACUUCAGGCAAAAGAUGAAAAGCUUAGAAUGUGGAAUGCAUUUAAGCCACCAGUGACAGACUCGAAGCCUAUCCAUGACCAGAAAUUCACUGGAAAAGUGGUGGAAGUGGUGAGCGGUGAUUGUAUUAUUGUUGCUGACGAUGCUGCUCCACUUGGCAGUCCUUUAGCAGAACGGCGGGUUAAUCUGUCUAGUAUUAGAGCUCCUAAGCUAGGCAAUCCUCGCAGAGAGGACUAUCAGCCUGUCAAAUUUGCUCGUGAAUCUAAGGAGUUUUUGCGCACACGGUUGAUUGGCAAACAAGUGAGUGUGGAAAUGGAAUAUUCUAGAAGGAUCAGCACCAUGGAUGGACAGAAUGGUGUGCCCGCAACAAAGAUGGCUGAUACCAGAGUUUUGGAUUAUGGUUCGGUUUUUCAAGCUUCGCCAUCACAGGCUGGCGGAGAUGACACAUCGUCUAUUCCGAGCACAGGAAACCAGCCUAGAAUUAAUGUUGCUGAGCUUUUGCUCUCGCGGGGAUUUGCUAAUAUAUCGAAACACCGUGACUAUGAGGAAAGAUCACAUUAUUUUGAUGUUCUAUUAGCUGCUCACUCACGUGCUGAGAAAGGGAAGAAAGGACUCCAUUCUGAGAAGAUUCCUCCUGCGAUGCAUAUAACUGAUUUAACGAUGGUAAAUGCUAAGAAGGCCAAAGACUUCCUUCCCUUCCUACAGCGGAGUAGGAGGCACACAGCCAUUGUUGAAUAUGUUUUCAGUGGCCAUCGUUUCAAACUUACAAUUCCAAAGGAGACUUGCAGCAUCGCCUUUUCAUUGUCCGGUGUUAGAUGCCCUGGUAAAGAUGAGCCCUACUCGAGUGAAGCUAUUGCUUUGAUGAGGAGGAUGAUUCUACAGCGUGAUGUUGAGAUUGAGGUGGAAGCAGUUGAUAGAACUGGAACAUUUAUAGGGUCCUUGUGGGAGUCCAAGACCAACAUGUCUUCUGUUCUUUUGGAGGCUGGCUUGGCCAAGCUUAGUUCAUUUGCGUUGGAUAGGAUUCCAGAUGCUCAUGUUCUCACAAGAGCGGAAAAGUCUGCAAAGCAGCAGAAACUGAAGAUAUGGGAGAACUACGUUGAGGGUGAAGUAGUUUCAAAUGGAGCAGCCUCUGCAUCCAAACAAAAAGAAAUUCUUAAGGUUGUUGCUACUGAGGUUCUUGGUGGUGGAAAGUUCUAUGCCCAGGCAGUUGGUGACCAGAGAGUAUCUUCCAUUCAACAACAGCUUGCAUCGUUGAAACUUAAAGAUGCACCAGUCAUUGGUGCUUUUAAUCCUGUGAAGGGAGAGAUAGUCCUUGCUCAGUUUAGCCUUGACAACUCCUGGAAUAGAGCCAUGAUUGUUAAUGGACCUCGAGGAGCUGUAGAGUCUGUAGAUGACAAGUUUGAAGUAUUCUACAUUGAUUUUGGUAACCAGGAAGUGGUUACUUACAGUCGCAUACGGCCUGCAGACCCAUCAAUAUCCUCCUCUCCUGCUCUUGCUCAGCUGUGCAGUCUUGCCUUCAUAAAAGUACCUGGUCUGGAAGAUGAUUGUGGUCAGGAAGCAGCCGAGUAUCUUAGUGAACGCCUUCUCAGCAGUUCAAAACAGUACCAGGCAAUGAUUGAAGAGCGUGACACUUCUGGUGGAAAAUCAAGGGGACAGGGCACUGGAACUAUUCUCAUUGUGACUCUUGUUGAUCCUGAGACAGAAUCCAGCAUAAAUGCUGCUAUGCUUGAGGAAGGGCUUGCUCGGCUUGAAAGAAGCAAGAGAUGGGACACCAUGGAGAGGAAGACAGCCCUCAAGAACCUGGAAGAGUUCCAGGAGAAAGCAAAGAAGCAAAGGGUGGGGCUGUGGAUCUAUGGAGAUGUCGAUUCCGACGAGGAUGAGCAAGCUCCAGUAGGAAGGAAACCUGUAGCGCGUCGGUAGAUGAGAGAAGGCGGCUGCUGAAGAUAGUGGCGUGGUCAGGGUUUAGCUUUGAAGUUUUGGACGCCAAGCGGAACUCAGACAGAGAGCUUAUAUGGAAAUUAGGGAGAGGAAUUAUUUAUGCAGUUAGAACAGAACUAUACAUUGUUUUUCCCCAAGCUUAAUAAGGUUGCGUCCUCUUGGACUGCAUUUCUUUGUAGACAGAACAUAUAAAAUUGAGAAUUGCAGCCAAUGGUAAUUCAGGAUUUGAAUUAUAUACCAACAAAGUAACUUGUACGUUCUGCUGUC